AGGUGGGGAUGGGAAAGGGCGGCAAGGCCGUCGCCCGUAGGGGGCGAGGGAAACCCAGCCCCUCCCCGGGGGUAUUUAAGGCCGCCUCCCGGGAAUUGCCCUGGGUCCGGUGCGAUGGCUGAGAAGGAGAUGGCGAGCUAUCUCUACCCCACCUACCACCCCUACUCCUACCGCUACCCGCCACCUAAGGGCAAAGGAGGGGCGGCGGGCGGCUGGCGGCCGCGGGGCAGCAGCUACUUCUCGGGCUACGGGGAGGCGGCCGCUGAGUACUUCGACAACUACCAGCGGGCGCAGCUGAAGGCCAUCCUCUCCCAGGUCAACCCCAACCUGACGCCGCGGCUCCGCAAGGCCAACACCAAGGAGGUGGGCGUCCAGGUGAACCCGCGGCAGGACGCCUCGGUGCAAUGCUCGCUCGGGCCCCGCACGCUGCUGCGCCGCCGCCCCGGCCCCGCCGCGCCGCGGCCCCGUGAGGCGGAGCGGGAGCAGGAGCUGGGCAGCCCCGCCACCACCAGCACCCGCGCCGUGCGCUUCCCCCGCACCAUCGCCGUCUACUCGCCCGUGGCGUCCCGCAGACUCACCACCUUCCUGGAGGAGCCGAGCCUGGAGCUGGAGCGGCGGCCGCAGCAGCAGGACAAGGCGGCGGCCGUCGAGGAGGAGCCGGCCGCGCUGCGGGAACAGCGGGAGGCGGAGGCGGCUGCCGUGAGGGCGAGCUGGGAGAAGCCCCCCGAGGAUGGCGCCGAGCCGCUGGGGCAGCGCUCGGCCGAGCCACUCGGGCAGCGUUCGGCCGCCCCCCCGGAGCCGGCGGCGGAGGCAAGCCAGGAGGAGGCGGCCGAGGCAGAGCCGGCAGCCCAGCCGGCAGAGCCGCCGGCCUCACCCCAGAAGCGGCAGUCGUCGGCGGGCAAGACCCGCCUGCGCUUCCAGUUCCUGGAGCAGAAGUAUGGGUACUACCACUGCAAGGCUUGCAACAUCCGCUGGGAGAGCGCCUAUGUGUGGUGCGUCCAGGGCACCAACAAGGUCUAUUUCCGUCAGUUCUGCCGGACCUGCCAGAAGUCCUACAACCCGUACCGCGUGGAGGACAUCACCUGCCAGAGCUGCAAGCAGACGCGGUGCACCUGCCCCGUGAAGAUGCGCCACGUGGAUCCCAAGAGGCCCCACCGCCAGGACCUCUGUGGGAGAUGCAAAGGGAAACGCCUCUCCUGCGAUAGCACAUUCAGUUUCAAAUACAUCAUCUGAAUGGGAUGGGGUUUUUUGUUUUUUGUUUAGGGCUCUUCUAGAAAACUGCAAGUAGAGCAGAUGUUUUUGUUGUUUUUGUUGGUAUUGUUGAAGGUACUUGGUGGGAUGUAGCUAGGAAAGUAUGAAAAUAAAAGUAUUGCAAAGCACACUGGAAUGAUCAGGUGGGUUUGUGCCCAGCUCUAAGGGUGCAUAUUGUAAAUUCUGUAAAUUGCAUAGAUGACAAGCCUAGAGAUGUAUUGUAAAUCAGUGAUGGCCUUGGAAGCAACUGACUCAGGACCUUGUAGACUCUUGGAUGGAAGGGGUUUCUGUUACUGCUCCUGCUCUUGAACUAAUCAAACACUUGAAGUUAACAUAAAAUUGACAUCUGCAGUAGGUAGUAGACCAUCGUUCAUGAACAAAAUACCUAACAGGAUUCACUUUGCAUACCUCUAUUCGAUGUACAAAGUAUCCUGCACCUGUUUGUCAUCACUAGAAAAUGAUUGAGAAAUGCUGUGUAAGUAUGGAAUCACUUCUACUGGUACAGCUGAUCUGCAUUUAGCUAAGUUGGUGCUCUUGUCUGUAGACAAAAGCCAAAGAAAGCUUUUCAGGGAUGGUUCUCACAAAAUGCUGAGGGAGCCACUGAUGUUAUGGCGAUGGUCUCUUGGUAAAUGUGUUCUCAUCUUACUUGCACAAGGUUAUGGAGAGAAGGGACACUUCAGAGGAGCAAGGUACAAUACUGCAUCUGCUUGGCUUCCUCUUCAACCUGCAGAUGAAGUGCAAGAGCUGUGCACUUAGUGGGUUAUACUUGAAGAGUUUGAUCUAGUUAUAGUUUAGAUGCCUGCCAUCAGGGAAGGACUGAACUCCACACUUUUCUGGGUUGGUUUUGCAGUUAGGAAUUACACUUCUAGUGUUUGGUAGUAAAGGCAGAACCAGCACUGGUUACUUGCACACAAUACUCUCAGUAGUGGUGUCCUCUAUCAGAACACCAUGCUUCAGCAAAGCGUUACAAGCUGACUCGGACUAAGCACAGCAUCACCAUCUGAGCAGAUUCACAAGCUAGUAAAACCUACACCACCACCCCAGUCUACCUUUUAGCUGUGGAGCUGGGUAAACAUAGAGGAAAACAUAAUUUUCUGAGAAUGCUACUGACACAGUUAAUUUUGAAAUUGAGCAUAAUAAUGUACUAAGCCUUUUGCAGAACUCUUGAGGUAGCUUCUCUUUGAAAAGAGGGAUUUUUAUAUUGGCUGUAACACACUUUACCUACACCUGUACCCAGCUUACUUGAGGGACCAGUCUAUUAAAGGCUAAAGGGAGAACCAGUCUUAGCUCAUGCUGUAGAACAGUUUUAGUGCCAGGUAGUCUUGUAUCCCUAAGUAGAAACUGUGUGGCAAUCUAGACAAACAAUAUCCUUUUUAUCAACAUGCCUGGUUUGAGGGGCAGCGAGUGUUAAUCCUAUAUGCUUAACUAAUCUUGCUGUAAAUUCCUGCCUUAUUUCAAUAUGCCCCUUGAACCUACUGCAGUAGGCUUCAUGCCUCAGUGUCAAUUUAUUGCUAAGUAAUUUUAUUUAUUUGUACUGCACUCAUUAUUAUAGCAGUGUGAGGCAUUCUGGGAACAAGCAGACCUCCUGCCUCCAGAGCAGAGCAUGGUUCUAUUUCAUGCUUCUACCUGAAGUGUUUUUCCAUGUAUCAACAGUAAAAGGAAAUAUCCCUUGUUUUACCAGCUCACUCAGACUUUCACAGCAAGUUCCAUCCUUGCCCUGUUCAAUUUGAAAAGCACCCCUGCAGCUGGGCAGUGUUCUCUUGUAGAUUCAUGUGCCUUGUACUCACCUGUAGUUACUGUGAUGAGCAGUGGCAAGCUUCCAGCUUGAGGAAUGCACCUGGGGCCCUCUCUGCAGCCACCUGGCCACACUGCCUCAGUUGGCAGUUGUAGCUCUGAUCUGGGAUGUCUUUAUUUCUGAGCUUAUUCCCCUCCAAGGAUGUUCUUCAAUGUUUUCCUGUGUGCCUUCCCAUUCUAAUGGCUGUAGUCUGUUCCCGAUGUGUGUGGUGAGAAACUGCGAUGAGUCUGUGCACCUUGGUAAUGAGUCAGAGAACUGAAGCCCUGUGCCAUGUCAGUAUUGAAGUCAUGGCAAUAUGAGCAGUUGAAUGCUUCUGAUUUAUACAGGAAUCCUCACAAAAUAUUGCUUUGAGGAUUACUUCUGUGAAUAUGGUGACUCUUAUGUGAUUAUCAGAACUAACCCAAAGUGAUAUUUAGUACAACUUAAGGGCUGUCAUCUCCAUGAACUACAGUCAAAGCAGCAGUUGGUCCUGCUUGGUAAGAUGUAGAACAGGCCUAGCUGAUGUGAACUGGAUGUUGUGCUUCAGCAGCAACUGAUCAAGCAAAGAGCUGAUAUGAAGGCUCCAAGUGGUAGGCAGCAGCAAGGAGCCACCCCUGCUUUCAUCAGCUACUACAAGGCUCUGUGGCUGGAGGAGUACAAUGCAGUGGGCAGUCAUAUUAAACAAGCCUUCCUUAAUCCUGUAGCAUUCUGCAGUUCCAGAGUAAUUCUACGCAUCAUCCCUCUUACAUCAAUAUGUUAAUGCUUUUACUGCUGCUGCCAAAGUACAAUUCUGUACUUUCUAGUUCCUUUUCAGCUUUACUGCCAUGUCAUGUCCAUGGCAGCACACACUGACUGUGGGCACUGAUUCCUAGACUCAGCAGGAAGAAGGAAAGCUACUCCUGGCCUAUGUGAUAAUGCCAAGUGGAAAGGAACAGCCUUCAUACUGCCAGUUCUUCAAAGCUAUCCUGAACUUGCCCUGUACAGCUUUUUCAUUAAGGGAUACUGUUGCACAUGUUAGCUCAGUCAGUGCUGUAUUUUCUGCAUCUUACACGUGGUGUCUGAUGUUUUGCUUAUUUCUAGACAGCUUUACCAUAGCUUCAGAUUUGGCACAGACCUGGCACCAGGUAAUGCAGGGUAACAGCUCAUGCAGUAGUUGAGGAAUACUUUUUGAAAAGCUUCAUGAAAUUAAAGCAAUACCAAAAGACACCCUAACAUGAUUCUGUUCCAUAGGGCAGGUUCCACUAGCCAUUAUAAAUGAAAGGAGAUAUAUAACAUAAGGAAUUACAUAUAUGAAUUCAGGUUUGAGUUUCAUGAUAAAUCCAUCAGCAGCUUCAGAAGAUGCCUAGGAAAAAUGCUGCUGCAAUGACAGGACAUAAGAGGAAAAAAAUUACUUCAGGGCACCCAGGCCUCUGCUGUCAGUGUUUAAUCUGUAUAGCUAAAGUAUUUAAACUCUAGCUUGUAAAAAUACACAAAAUGACAGAUACAAUGUCUUUUAUUUUUACAAAAAAAGCUGGUAAAAGAUGAUGUAAAUAAAAGUGUAAUGCACCCCUAAAUAAAACUACUUAUCCCCGGUAAAUACUAGUUAAAUAAUUAAGAACACCAUCUACAGUACCACAAAACCAUCAAAAUAAUUCAAUUUUAUCAGGGACAGGGAAAAAAAAUACAGUGAAUAUGGAUGUGCCUUGACCAGUUACAGAACUUGUUAGGAUAACAUAACUACUGUCAGCAGUCCAACAGUGUGCACAGUGCCUUCAAUUAAUGCAUUUCAGCAUAAUUACAUUUCUAGUGGAGCCUAAUUCCCCCAAAAAGGCAGAGCUAAGAAUUUCAAUUCUACAUUCUAAACUCUGGAAUUAGAGCCCAUUAAAAAAAAUCACAGUGGGUAAGAGAUGUAUAUAAAAAUACUGGGUGUUCCUUUCAAAUCACAGGAAUUGUGGGACUACAUUCUUUUUUUCUGUUUUUUUUUUUCUUCUGCUUUUUUUUUUUCCUACAAAAUGCUAUAGGUUUCAA